UGGGCCUGGCUGGACCAGGAGAAGGGCGCGUUGUCCCAGUCAGUGGUAGUGACCACUCUCUUGUUUUUGCAGUUCCUGACCAGGCUGACCGAGAGGUUCGUGCUGGGGGUGGACAUGUUCAUCGAAACGCUGUGGAAAGUUUGGAUGGAGCUCUUGGAUGUUCUUGGACUUGAUGUGUCGAACCUGUCCCAGUAUUUCAGCCCGGCCUCGGUGGCCAACGGCCCGGCCCGCGCCCUCCUGCUGGUGGGCGUCGUCCUCCUGGCCUACUGGUUCCUGUCUCUGACGCUGGGCUUCACCUUCAGCCUCCUGCACGUGGUGUUCGGCCGCUUCUUCUGGAUCGCCCGGGUCAUCCUGUUUUCCAUGUCCUGCGUCUACGUCCUGCACAAGUACGAGGGGGAGCCGGAGAACGCAGUCCUGCCCCUGUGCUUCGUGGUGGCCAUCUACUUCAUGACCGGGCCCAUGGGCUUCUACUGGCGCAGCAGCCCCAGUGGCCCCAGCGUGGAGGAGAAGCUGGAGCACCUAGAGAACCAGGUCAGACUGCUCAACAUCCGCCUCAACAAAGUGCUGGAGAGUCUCGACCGCACCAACGGCAAGUGACAAUCAGCCGGCCGGCCGGGGCCCCCCGUACCAGCGCCCUGCCUCAGGAAGCAAAAAAGAAGAAGGAAGAAAAGAACAGCAAACCCCAAGCAGACCUAAUAAACAUUCCCGAGCAGGAACCGGGGGCGCUUUGCGAGGGUAUUUCCGGCCACGUGUCAACCCCUAGGACACGCUCCCAGAGGACUGACAGGAUCGUGUAUGCGGAACUACCCGCCGAGGGUCGUUAGUGGGGGAAGAGAUAUUUUUUAAAACAAAGGAUAUAACCAUAUUAGCUGUAUGGUAAGAGUUUAUCUGUGCAUAGUGCAUAAAGUUAAUUUUUUCAAGCACUUAAAUACAUCUUUUGUAAGGUUUUUUAAUAAAGGCAGAUCGAGUCAAGUUUAAUAAAACUUUACACUGAGGGGAAGAAUAUGCUAAUCGGACAUUUUAGACGAAGAGUUCCAGCGUCACUGUUUGUUGUCACGGCAUAGGGAUUGGUGGGUGAGGUCUGUGUGCGUUCUUCUCAUGUUCCAAAACCGUGAACUUCGUUUUAUGUCAUUUUUGGUUGACGGUGACUUAGCUGAUAGAUGUCGUUGUUUCUGGAUGUGGGUGGUUGGGGUCCAGAACGAAACUAAACAUCUUCUGGGUCCUCGUGACCCCAGCCAGGCCCCCGUCAAUUAUAUUUCUAAAUGGAGAAAGAGAUCGUUAUUCAUAGCAACCCUGAGAUCGUUUGUUUUUGUUUUUGUUUUUGUUUUCCCUUUCUGAACUUUGAUGUAUUUUAACCUCCGCGUUUUGUAAGGGAAGAUCCAAGGACCAAGCAAAGAAAUGUCUUUGGAGUUCGAUGCCGAGAGCUACCUGGGUGAGUGCCAAAACUCCCCCUGUCCGGAGUCUAUCUGAUGCCCCGGUAUCACCAUUUGCCAGCUAGACCUGUAGAGAAAAGGUACGCUCUCAAGGGUUUUUAUUUGUGUCACUGUAGUGUGGGUUGACUCAGGACCUCGGAAUUAAAACAAACUCUAGCAGCUAAUAACAUUUUCAAGUCUCUUGCUGCUUAUCAGGCAUUCUCAGGAGCAGUAAGCAGCAAUAAACACGCCUUGGAGAAGAUCCGAAUUCUUUUUCCUGAAAUUUUUACGACACACGUGUUAUGUGCUUUCUGUGUGAAGUCUGUGGUGCCCUCAUUUUCGGCGGUGCCUAGGGGCAGAGAGGGACAUACCGGGCACACAGCGAUGGGGGUCCUCGACAGGGGCGCCUUGCGAGGCUGGAUCAGGGGUCGAUGCACGCGGCCCAGUGUAGCCCCCCCCCCCCCCCCAGGCCUGUUGGUAA